AUGUCUUCUACUUCUCAGAAACACCGAAAUUUUGUGGCAGAACCCAUGGGGGAAAAGUCUGUCACAGAACUGGCUGGAAUUGGAGAGAUUCUAGGGAAAAGAUUUGUUACUCUUGGAUUUGACAAGGCAAAUAUAGUAUUAGGCCAGUUUCUUUUAUUGAAGAAAAACAAAGAACUGUUCAUUGACUGGAUGAAGGAUUCCGUUGGUGCAAAUACAAAACAAGCAGGUGACUGUUACCAAUGUCUUUCAGAUUGGUGCGAUGAAUUCUUAUAA